AUGCCAGGGGCAUUAAGCACUGGGCUGGACCUCCCUAGUCUGCCGAACGAGGCUCCGCUCCGCCUUGGUCCAAAGCAUCCAAUGGAGGAACAGUCGAAUGAUAGCUCCGAUGAUCUACCAGAUUACAGCACCGUCGCUGGGGCACUACAUCCCAAGAAGACUCUGCCGCCUGUGUCGACCAAGGCAUAUGUUUACACGUGGCUCGUCCCACUCAGCACCCUUAUUUCUGUAGCUGCCCUAGUUGCAUGGCUCGCAUCCAAAAAGGACCAGGCUUUCAUAUCCCUUGCCGGGAGCGAGAUUGGAGGCCAUCUUACGCAGGCACAGGCCAAAGGGAUCGACUUUGUCUGCAGUGCGUUUUUAGCUCCAUUGUUAUUUGCUGGAUUGACCCUACUGUGGUUUGCAUGUGCACGCGUAUGCGUGGUCAACGAGUUUGCACCAAGCGUUCCACUACAAACACUGGCCACGGUGAGCGCAAUGUCGCGGGGCACCUACGACCCUCUUCAAUAUUAUGCCCUACUAAGAGGGCGGACCUGGAAGCUGGCUGCUCUUGGAGGGAUAGCUUUCUGCUCCGCCAUGGGAUCAUCUGCAUUGGGUAACAUGAUCGCAUAUGAGAGAGUAUGGCAACCUCAUCAUCGGGAACAACCACCCCCGGCCUCGUAUGGCUUCAGCAAUUCUGAGUUUACCGCCGCGGCUCGGAGCGUAUCUGAUGUGCUUUACGGCCUCGAUUUUGUUCCUGCAAUCCUAGACAAUGACAGUGGGUAUAUUGGAGUAAACACUACAUCCGCUUCCAUGACGAGCCUUCACAAGUCCGUCAAUUCAUUGAGCGAUGUGCCAGGUUUUCGCUUGAGCGCCGAAUGUGUACCCAGUACCUUGAAUUCGGUAAAUGCAUGGCCUACAGUUGAUAAAUACGCCAGAUUAUCCCCAAACAUUUCCUACGACACAGCCGCGUCCGCCGGCGCGGUGUCUAGGGACUUCGACUGGUUCACGCCAAGUUACUCCUAUUUCAGUGGCCAGGAAGAUGGCACCACCUCCAUCUCGUCUAAGUUGGCGUUCCCUGCCUGGGAUUACGACUGUGGGGAUAGUGGUUGCGCGGAGAAGUUCUACCUCAUUUACAUGAUGACCGGCAUCCAUCGGCAGAGUCUCCACACGGAGUACGGCGACUUACGGCCGGCCCUCCAAUAUAAAUACGAUUCUGAUGGCUACGGGAAAGACUUCCAAUUGAGUCCCGCCACCUCUUGGGGCCUGGAGUGCGUCUUGUUUCAACAGCAGGGCCUCACAAAUUACACCCGCUCUCCAGAUCUCCAAUGGUCCAUGGCCGCUGCCUCCUUCGACGGCAACAAGACCGCCAUCUCUUCCCAGCUCAGCAAAUGGCAGCAGAUAAAAUUCGACGGCGAGUGGGCUCCUCCGCAACUCGGGGUCGUGCUUUUCGGUCGCGACCCCCUCAAGCCGUGUUUGACACGGUUUGAGAAAUGCCUGCCGGCCCGGAACGUUUCGAACCCUGUGGGGAAGUAUAUCUACGCGUCCGGAGAGAUAACACGGAUCAUUCACAAUAUCGCGGCAGCAAACGCAUCUCGCGGAUCAGGGAACCCGGAAUACUACCACAAUGUCACGGGAACCGUCAACAGGCAGUAUUACCGGAUCACGUACGUGCCCGUGCUGCUUCUGCUGGCUUUGGUCAGCAUCCUGCUAGCGGCGCUGCUGACGAUCGCCCUCAUGAUUUCUGCCAGCAAGACCGUGAGUUGGGCACGGUUCAGACAAGUGGACAUAGUGAGGCUGGUAAUCGAUGCUGUUGGUGGAACACUGAGGCAUCAGGACGAGGAACAGUUCGCGAAACUCAGCGGUGCAUCAGACGAUGAAAUAAUAAGCUGGGCUCAGGGAUGUCGAGUGGCAUACAUCGAGGUUUUGGAAAAUCAGAAACAUGAAGAUGAUGAGUUCGGUCAAGUCCAGCCAGUACGGGUACAGUUGGUCCAGAAAGCCAUGCCGUAA